UCCAUCCGGGCCUUCCCGUCACGGCGGUGGGCGACGCGUCGCCAUUACAGGCAGCGGCGGCGGCGGCGGCGCUGAGGCGGACCGGGCGGCUCCCCUUGGCCGCGAACUCCCUUCCUCGCCACUCUCGAAGCGCCGGCGCGGGCCGGGCCUGGCUGCGGAGGCCUCGCGGGCUCCCGCGCUCUCCCGAGGCCGCUCCUCCGUCCGCGGGGCGCAGGCCCGGCCGCGCCCGGCGGCCUCUCCGACUCGGCACCGGAGGCCUGUGGUGGCCGCGCACCGGCCCGUUUCUUCCCUCGCCCGGGCGAAGCAGUGAGGAACAUGUCGCCAUGAGGGUGGCCGAGACGACUGCGCUGCACCGACCCCGCCGCCGGGCCAUGAGCCUGGGCCUCGGCCCCAGCCGCCAGCCGCCCUCGCCCGCCCGCCCGCUCCGUAGCGCCGCCGCCGCCGUCUCCUCGUAUUCCGCCCGCCUGCGCCAUGGACAAGAACAGCCCCUGCGGCUCCGGCCUCGGGCCCGGUUCCUCCUCCGCGACGGGGGGCAAAGGGCAGCAGCCCCGCUCUAACUCCGCCGGCCCGGCUGGGGGGGAGUCCAAGCCCAAAGGGGAAGGGAAAAAUGCAAGUGGAUCCAGACAGCGUUAUAAUCGUAAGAGAGAAACUUCAUAUCCCAAAAAUGAAACUUUCCCCAGCCAGUCCCGUCGCUCCUUUCCACAGAAAAGCAAAACUUUUAACAAGAUGCCCCCUCAGAGGGGGGAACAGAACAGCGGUGGCAAAUCUUUUAGCCUUUCUUCUAAUGGUGGAAGACGAGAUGAGGUAGCAGAAACUCAGCGGGCAGAGUUUAGCCCUGCCCAAUUCUCUGGCCCCAAGAAGAUUAACCUGAACCAUUUGUUGAAUUUUACAUUUGAACCUCGUGGCCACACUAGCCAUUUUGACGGGAGCAGCCAUGGCACUUGGGGAAAAAGAAACAGAUGGGAAAACAAACCUUUCAACAAGGAACUUUUUCUUCAGGCCAACUGCCAGUUUGUGGUGCGUGAUGAUCAGGACUACACGGUUCACUUCACUGACCCAGAUACCUUGGUCAACUGGGAUUUUGUGCAACAAGUGCGGAUUUACAGCCAUGAAGUGCCCUCCUGCCCAAUAUGCUUAUACCCACCCACUGCUGCCAAGAUCACUCGCUGCGGGCACAUCUUCUGCUGGGCCUGUAUCCUGCACUAUCUCUCCCUGAGUGAGAAGACCUGGAGCAAGUGCCCCAUCUGUUACGGCUCCAUUCACAAGAAGGACCUCAAAAGUGUUGUGGCACUAGAAACCCGUCAGUAUGCAAUUGGUGAUACAAUUACAAUGCACCUCAUGCAGCGGAAGAAAGGGGCCUUGAUAGCACUGCCAAAGUCAGCGCUCGCUCACGUGGAGCAGCCUGUUCACCUGGGGGAUAAGCCACACAGCCAGUAUUCAAAGCUGCUUCUGGCCUCGGAGGGUCAGGUCCUUCAGCAAGUGAUCCUGGAAGAAAAGAUGGCCCUUCUUCAUCAAUAUCAGGAGGAAAAGCAUACCCCUGAAGCAUGUUUCAUUGAAGCAGCCCUGCAGGAACUGAAGGAUCGUGAAGGCAACUUGAUGUGUGACAGUGAUGUUCCUGGUGUCGCUGCAGCUGUGGAAAAAUUAGUCGUGACAGAAGCAUCAAAGAAAGAAACUGCAGCAGUACCUCAGGAGAAAAAGUGCGUGCUAGAAUAUCUUUCUGCUUUCAAUGAUGAAUUGCUGGAAUCUCCCCCCGUGGGUCCCGCGAAUGGAAGUCCCCCUGCUUUGGACAGUGCAGAGGCAGCGGCGGAUAACGGCAUGGAGAGGAACACGGAUGCGGCAAGCCCAAGCGAAGCAGGGGAAGCCAUUCUGAGUGCCCCUGCCUCUGGAAAACCUAAGGCUGAGUUUGCCAGUGGACACACACAGAGUCCUCCAUCCUAUUACUUCUACCAAGCUGAAGACGGGCAGUGUCUGUAUCUGCACCCAGUGAACGUCCGUUGCCUCGUGCAUGAAUAUGGGAGCCUUGAGAAGAGCCCACAGAAGAUCACAGCUACUGUGGUGGAGAUAUCUGGCCACUCAAUGACGGAGGAUGUGCGUCAGCGUCAUCGCUACCUCUGCCAUUUGCCCCUCACCUGUGAGUUCAGUAUCUGCGAAUUAGCUUUGAAGUCUCCUGUCGUUUCGAAGGAAACCCUGCAGAUGUUUUCAGAUGACAUUGAAAAACGAAAGCGGCUUAGGCAGAAGAAAGCGCGCGAUGAACGACGUCGGGAACGCAGAAUUGAGAUGGAGGAAAACAAGAAGCAGGGCAAAUAUCCAGAGGUCCGGAUUGCGUUAGAGAACCUGCAGCAGUUUCCGGCCUUCAGCGCUGGCUCCGGAGAGCCUGCUGGUCCUGAGGAUGAGAGUCACCUGCUGCCAGCUUGUGUUGGAGGAAGUCCCACUUCCCAGUCAGAGUCCUUGCUGACUCCGCUGUCCUCUUCCAGCCUUGGCAGUCCCCCGUUCCUUAUUGGAAGCCUGGAGGAGGACCCUGCCUUCCCCUCAUUUGCCCAGAUGAUCCAGCUUGACUCCCAAAUCAAUAAAAAGUCAGCAUGUGAGGCGAAUAAUCUGGUUUCUGAGUCCCAUCUUGCAACUUUUCAGAUGCUGAGGGCUGGAAAAGCCAAACCAGAACUGUGGAAUGGUUCUCAGCCAAAGAAGAAAGAAGAGACCCCCACUGGGGCACCUCCGGCUCCAGGAGACAGCGAUGCGGAGAGUGACAGCUCGGACCGUGUGCCUGUGCCUAGUUUCCAGAACUCGUUCAGUAAAGCUAUCGAGGCAGCCUUCCUCAAACUGGACACACCGUCCACUUCUGACCACCUCUUAGAGGAAAAGCGAGGCAAGAAAAAGAAGCAGAAGCAAAAACUCCUGUUCAGUACUUCAGUGGUUCACACAAAGUGAUUUUAUUAAUGGGCAAAUUCUUCCUCCUUUUGAUUUAUUUGGUUUGCUUUUGUGUUUUUGCUGCUAUAGAUAAAUUAUUUUAGUCGGGACACAAUCUGUUUCUGAGAAGCGGGGGGGGGGGCGGAGGAGAGGGCUAGGGAUGAUUAAAAAUGGGCAUAUGUUGGUUGCUUGUUGAUACCAAACUGAAGUAUUGCAACACACACCCCUGGCCAAAAGGAUGUGUGUUAUAUGCCAGGCUGUUUACCUGGCUUGCCGUUGGGCUGUGGAAGUACAACAUCUGGGUGGAGGGUGCACAGCUGCUUUUGCCAUUUGGGUGAGGGGUUGAGUGCAAUCAGCCUGGGGCUGCAGUGGGCUAAGCGCAACCAAGUUGCUGGACAUGGGGAAGACACCAACCAAUACUUGCUGUGCCCACUUACUUAGCAUUUGGAUGAGCAGUAGGUGGUGGUGCACGCAACUCAGUUCCUGCCUCCCCUUGCUAUUCUUUGUCUUUCUGCCAAGACCGGUGUGUGCAGACGUUUUGUUGGAUGAAAGCUACCCUGGUCAAUCCGUGUGCAGUGGCUGCUUUUGGGGUGAAGGUGCUAAUUCCUGGGGGGGGGGAGGGAUGGGGAGCAGCAUUUCGCUUUGCACAGAAGGGGCAACCCAGAGGAGCCUGGCAUUUGCUGGGUGCCCAAAUCCAGUUGGAUAGGAGUACGUGUGUUCUUUCCCCACUUUCGUUUCUUCUGUUUUGAGAAAAGCUCUCCUCCCGCGUUGCUUUUGGCUUGAUCUGAAAUUAAAUUCGUACUAAAGUGUCAUUUCCAUUGACUAUGAUAAAAUUCAGUGUAAUCUACCAGCAAAGGUAAAUAGUUGCAAUAAACCAUAUGCACAAGGGUUUCUUU